AUGCAUGAAAGCUGGGCCCUUGGACCUUCGCCAACAUGGCAAUUCGUCAAUGGGACCUUGUUCAAGAAGCGGGAAGGGGAAGUUAUAACAGUCGGGGACAGGCAGUUUCUAAUGACAAGGGAUAUGCACGAGUCUCACUGGCAGGGAGUGGAGCAAUGGAAAGUGGUCUUCGAAGGAGUGGAUCUUCAAACAUCUGAGCCGGUUGUUAUAAAGUUCAGGUACUUACUAGACCAGCAUGCCAUCGAGCCUGAUCGACGCGGAUGCAGAUGUCGCCCAAAGGAAUUUUUCUUAGCGGCAAUAGAUGCCUUGCAAUCAUGUCAUGGAUGCAGACAAUUUCCGAAAUAUAUCAUUCAUGAGGAAAAACAACAGUCCAAGGAGGAUCCUAAUCCUGGCGCUCCGAUAUUUAUUCUGGUCAUGAGCAAGAUUGACGCUCUUCCACUCUUUGGUCACUCAUCAGUCCCGGGCGAUGUCCUUCCGGAACCACUAACCCCUGAGGACAAACAGAUCAUACGGAGACAAUGUUUAGAAGUACUGGACUUACAUGACUAUUUGAUAAAGGAUUAUUCGUCAGCGAGGCUUCGGCCCUUGCCUUGA